AUGGGUAUCCCUAUUUUACUAUACCAACAACCAUUUUAUCAAAUAACAGGCAAGAGAAAGGGAAAUCGUUAUCAUCAUUACAGGAGAAAUUGGAAAAACAAUUACCAUCCAGAACAAGACUCAAAUCUAGAUUUAACUCAAGAAUGGAGAUCCUCUUUAAUAAAUGAACUAUUAUACACACCUCAUUCCUCCUCAAUUGAAUCCGAUGAUAGCAAUACUCAAUCAUUCCCGAUAAUAUCAAACCAUAUGAAACAAAAUGUCUAUAUUUCUUUCUUAGAUUCGAAAGACAUACUUAAUUUGAAUAUAAAUACCUUUGAUAUAAUGGAUAUCCCAAUUCAUUGGUCAUUAACACAUUCUCAUGAUUUAUUCUUACCAACUUCUUUUCAUUCAUCCCUGAACAUAGAUAAUAAUUUCAGAUAUAUGAACAAUUUUAAUCAACAAUUCUUAAUAUAUUAUAAAAACCGUCCAUUAAUAAUAAUAUACCAUGAAAUCCAUCUUUAUGAUUCAAUCAUUUUAAAACGAUUUAUCACCAUAUUAGAUUUAAGUUCUAUACUAAAUCAAAAUGAUCAAAUUUUAUCAAUAGAUUGUAUGCUAUUAAAUGAAAUCAAUAAUCAUCUCGCCGGAGAUCCUUAUAACUUACUGUUGGUCCUAGGUUUACAUAAUAGGAAUAAUAAUUUAACUAGAUUUUACGUACUGGACGUGGAUUCCAAUGGUGUUUGGUCAAAUUUGAAAAUAUUUAAUCUAUCAUCACCUCCAUCUUUAUCAUAUUCAUCAUCCUCAAGUUUGAUUUUACCAUUUUCAGGACAACAACAUGAACAAGGACAAGAUCAUGUACAAGAGGAAGCCCCAAUGUUCUUAAACAUUUAUGCUGGUCUCUUACCAAAUUAUAUCUUCUCAAUCGACUCUGUCAAUGGUCCAUUAAUUACUGAUAUUUCAGUACCACACCGUACUCGUAAUCAUCAUAACCCCAAUUCAACUUCGAUUUCAAAUGCAAAUAUCUUCAAGAUUUCAAAUCAAUUGCAACCUUCAACAUUAUCUCCUUCAAUGAAUGAUAUCAAUGAUAAUAAUAAUAAUAAUAAUGAUAAUAACAAGAAAAACAAUAAUAUAAUUGUAAGUUUCCCUCAAUUAUACAUAUUGAAAAAUAAUGAAACAAUCUAUUACAUCGAAAAUAUUUUGAAUUUUGAUAACAAUAAUAAUAGUAACAAAUUGGUUAAAAUUAAGUUUCAAUUAAGAUUUCAAGAACGAAUUUUGUCAAUUGAAAAGUUAUCAAAUAAUACUAAUCAAAUCACAUCAACGACUGCACCGAAUAAUAAUAAUAAUAAUAAUAAUAAUAAUAUUCUAAUCGUUACAAAUCAAAGAUUCUUCUCAUUCCCAGUAAAUUCAAUCAAUAAUAACAGCAUAUCUAGUUCAAAUGCAAAUUCAAAUUCAAAUUCAAAUUCAAAUUCAAAUGCAUAUGCAAGUUCAAGCAAUGAUUCAAAUCAUAUCAUUAUUCCGUCAUAUUUUAUUAACAAAAAUACAAUCCUUUAUAAAAUGGAACAAAUCCAUAAUCCAAUUCCGAAUCAAGAACAACAUGAACGUCAAGAAUCUACUUUAAUUCCAGAUUACCAUCUCUGUUCAUCAAACGAUGGCAAAUAUAUUUUCAUAACAGAAAACCAUAAUUAUUCCUUCCUAUUAUCAAUAUUCAAAUUAUCAAAUUGUUUCAAUUAUAAUUCAAUGCCAAAUAACAACUCUAUAAGUGGUGAUAAUUGGGUCUUCCUAGGUUUCAUCGAUUUGAAAACGUUAUUCAAUAUAAAUCAAGUUUUACAAAUCAAUUUUCAUGAAAAUAACUUGAUUUCAAUCAUGACAAACGAUAAUAAUAACGUUCAAUUUUAUAAAAUUUGUGAGAAAAAUUCAACUGUCACAUUAACCCCUACGUAA